GAGAGAGAGAGAGGGAGAGAGGAGAGACGGCGCGAUAACAGUGUUUGCCCUUCUUGGACUCAGUUUUGUGACCGGCUGACGGACGAAGAAACUUGAGGCAAUCCCACCGACAUCCUGAGGGUGUUCAACCCUCGGCGGGAAACUGAAUGAGACACUUGACGAGAGGAGUGGAGGGAAAAAAAGCAGCGGAGAGAAACUUGGUGAGAUAGAGGGAGAUAUCAGGCAGCUGGAAAAAAAACAAAAAGGAGAGGAGUGACUGACACCUGCCCUCCAGCUCGGUGUGAAGGGCAUAUAAUGGGAGAGUGAGAGGAAGGGCAUGAGGAGAGGGAAAGGAGAGGAGAGAAUGAAGACAACCGGAAAACAAGGCCUGCCUCAAAGCAAACCUGUCUCCAAUUAGGACAUCUCACCACAAGACAAGAUGAUUACGAGAAAUUUUCUCUUCUUGGUGUCCUUGUGUCUGUGGGAGGGGCUUGCGAGAGGUGCCUCAGCCAGUAAAAUUUUACGGAGGAGAGGAGUGGGCGGAUCGCACGUGGUGAAGCUGGGGGAGAGCCGUUCUAUGGACGCGAACGUGGAUUCGAAUGCAAUGCCCGUGGUUACUCUUCGAAACCUGAUUAGCCACGAGCAGGCGAGCGACGCCGGAUCUUUUUCUUACUCCAAGAUGUUGCAGAAUCAUCCUGCCCCAUCUGUAGCUAAUAAGGAGAGACAAACUUUCAAGCCCAAGCGCGAGGUUGACUCUGUGGCCCCGCGCACAUUGGCCGCUAGCAAGGAGUUUACCCAGGAUGGGAAGAAAGUCAAAAACAACACCAAGAAUGCUGACUCUUCCAAAACAGGGAGGUCAGAGAAAACUUUCACAGUUCAUCAUAAGCCAGAUCUUCACUCUAAUAAAACCAAGUUUAAAUCUGGCUCCAGGUCCAAAGGCAGGACUGAUUUCAGCGUCCAUACUACGGGCGUGCCAGGGAAAGGUUUCAGCAUAGACUCGAGCCGAAAGCUGAACCUCACUGGCAGUUACGGGGUGCUGAAGCUGCUCUCAAAAGACAACCUGGUUAGGAUUGUCAAUUCCCAAAUGCAGAGCGUUCCCAGCUUGAGCUUUCCGAGCAAGGGCAGUCGGAGCAGGAAGCGAGAUUUGAUUGACGUUAAUCACGGACAGCUAGAGCCUCAGAAAGUGCCGAGACAAGAUAUAGCUGUCACUCAGUCUCAUGUGGGAUAUGAUAAUCAGACUGCGUUUCCUUAUGCCAGCCCAGUCGCCACUACAGAUCUUAAUCGGGACCGGGGCCCUGACACUCGUAUUAAUCCGCUAAGUGAAGUCAAGCCAGCUUUAAGUAAAGGGCAGGACAACUUGGGAAAACAGGGUUCAGAUAGCGGCGAUAGCAAGAGCAAACACUUUGCUCGUUUCCUGUCAACACCUCGCAGCGAGGUCAGUUUGAGCCCUGAGAAGGAAGUAAUGAUCAGCCAAACAGAACGGCCAUUCACAUCGACAAAACAUCUCCCGCUGUACGUUCCCUCUGAAACAAAUGAGUCUCCUCCGUCUGUGCUGACAAUGCAACCCCUGGGAGUGAGACCGGGGAACAGAGCAGCAGAGUCCCGUGGAGACCCAUUAACAGAGUCAGCUCACACUGCUCAAACAGAUCUCAGCACAGCUCAGUACUCCGCAGAUGAAGACAACAAACUUGUCAACAGCAGUCAUGUCCUGAGGCUCCACCCUGCUCACGAAUGGAGCCGCAUCGGGGAAGACGCCAAGAUGCACGGCGCGGAUCCCAAAAACGCAAAGGGCCUCGUAUUUGAAGAAGCAGAGUCAGAGGUGGAAGAGGAGGAGCGCGAUCGCAUGGAGGUGAAGGGGUCACGGUCUCGCAGCAGGAGGAGCUGGAUCUGGAACCAGUUCUUUGUGAUUGAAGAAUACGCCGGGCCGGAACCUGUGCUCAUUGGCCGGCUCCACACUGACAUGGACAGGAAUGAUGGACGCACAAAGUAUGUCCUGCGAGGCGAAGGGGCAGGCUCGGUCUUCGUGAUAGACGAGAAAACGGGUAACAUCCAUGUCACCAAGCCGCUGGACCGUGAGGAGAAGGACGAGUAUCGUCUCAUUGCCACGGCCACCGACAGGCAGACCGACCGUGCUCUGGAGCCCUCGUCACAGUUCAUAAUUCGGGUGCAGGACAUCAACGACAACCCGCCUGUCUUUGAUGAAGGCCCCUACAGCGCCACCGUACCUGAGAUGGCAAAUAUAGGCACGUCUAUAAUCCAGGUGACGGCGACAGAUGCUGAUGACCCGACGUAUGGGAACAGCGCCAAGCUCGUGUACACACUGGUGCAGGGCCAGCAGUACUUCUCUGUCGAUCCCCAGACAGGUAUUCUACGAACAGCUGUACCCGAUAUGGACAGGGAGACCCAGGACCAGUACCUGGUGGUGCUUCAGGCUAAAGACAUGGGGGGGCACCUAGGAGGAUUAUCUGGGACCACCACUGUAACCGUCAGGCUUACCGAUGUUAAUGACAACCCACCACGCUUCACACAGAGUAUGUGGUCCUUCUCCGUUUCCGAGCUGGCCAUCCCGGGCGCUGAGAUAGGACGCAUCUCCGCAAUGGACGCUGACCUGGGUGAGAACGCCAAGCUGGAAUAUACCAUCCUGGAGGGGGAGAGCGGGGACACGUUCAAUAUCACCGGACUGAAUCAAGAGGCGGUCAUCACGCUCAACAAGGCCGUAGACUAUGAGAGUCGGAGCUCCUAUUCCUUCUCUGUUGAGGUCCUUAACCCGAUAGUGGACCCCCGCUUCCUACGUCGAGGCCCCUUUAAAGAUCGGGCUUCAAUCCGAGUUGCAGUCCUGGAUGCGGACGAGCCACCGAGGUUCUCUCGGGCCAGAUAUCACAUGGAUGUUUCAGAGAACUGCCCGCCGGCCUGCACAGUGGGCCGAGUCAGUGCAGUAGACCCCGAUACUGGUCUGACCAAUAAUAUCAGGUUCUCCAUUGAUCCUCAGUCAGACCCAGAGGCUCUGUUUCGUAUCACACCAGAGACCGGUCUCAUCACCACAGCGAUGGAGCUGGACCGGGAGCGUGAGCACUGGCACAACAUUACAGUCAUCGCCACCCAGAGAGACAAUCCCAGCCAAGUCUCCAGAGUUCUAGUUGCAAUAGAGACCUUAGAUCUGAAUGACAAUGCACCUGAGCUGGACAGGCAGUACAACACAGCCAUGUGUGACUCCUCCUCCAUCGGACAGGUGGUGCAGGUGUUGCGGGCGAUUGAUAGAGAUGAGGGUGGGAAUGACAGCACCGUGUAUUUCAGCAUCCCUCCAGAGUCCAGCGCUGCCCUCAACUUCAGCGUCAGGGACAGCGGUGGCCCCACAGCCAGCUUGGUGUUGCUGUCCCAGAUCCAGCCACUGUCCCGUUCCUCAUCCUCCACCUUGACCCUCUACGUGCCGCUCGUCCUGAGGGAUGGGACGUCUGGCCUCACCAGCACUGGGACGGUCACUGUGUCCGUCUGUCCCUGCCUGAAAGGAGGGGCACGAGCUGGGGAGAAAGACAAGGACAAACAGACCGAGGGCGAAUGGGACUGGGAGAAAGAAGCGGUGUGUCUUCCUCAGCAGUCCACACUGCCCUCCCCUGGGCUCAGUACAGCUGCCUUGCUGGCUAUCCUGGCUUGUGUUGCUACAUUACUGGCGGUGAGUGCCCUGUCAUUGUCGCUGCGGCGUCAGAAGCGCGACUCGCUGUCACCGCUGGAGGAGGACGACGUACGCGAGAACAUCAUAACGUAUGACGACGAGGGCGGAGGCGAGGCCGACACAGCUGCCUUCGACAUUGCCGCCCUGCAGAGUGCCCCGCACAGCUCGCGCUCACGCGGCUAUCGCACGCUGGACAGCAGGAACGUUCGUUACUCACAUCGUGCUCAAGACAAAUCUCGCACUUAUAGCUGGGCUCAGAAUCCAGGUGUGGAUCACAACUACUCAGGACCAGCAGGACCCCUUUACGGUCGUCUCUGCUACAGCAGUCACACGUUACCCAUUCUCCGUCGCGCCCCAGGAGGAACGUUCGAGCCAGGCUUAGCUGAGCUGGCGUACCGCUUUCCUGGAGGCCAGCCAGACCAUUCCCUGGUUAUCCAGAACCAAGGGGCCGUGGUCGGGCCGAUGGAGUCUGGGGCGGUGUACAUAGCUCCAACGGAUCUCAGCACAGGAAGUCGGACGGGGAGUCGGACGGAAAGCCGCGACGGGACCGCACCCCAGAGCGGGGUGAGCACGUCCGAUGGAGGGACACCGAGAACCAGCGACAGCCACGACAGAGGAGGAGGAACAGGAACCGCAAGCAACUGUACAGAAGGGAGCAGUGAGGACAAAGUUAACCUCAGUCAAAAUGUGGACUGGGUGCAGUCGGAGACAUUGCCCAGGGAGCACAACCUUGUCAUGACCCGAUCCGGCUCCCUGAUUGGUCAGGGUCACGGCGUAGGAGGCUGGGUGUGUGACUCGGCUACCCUCCCCAUGGCAGGACGCAGGGCCUCUCGUACCGGCAUGUCCCCCAAACGCACAUGUGGCAGUCUGGCUGAAUCUGACUCUGGUGGAGGAGGAGCAGGAGGGGGGAGUGGAGGAGGAGGUGGAGGUGGAAAUGGAAAUGGGACCACCUCCACUGAUGGACAACAACAACCACCUGCCAGUGGACGCAACUAUGCCACUGUCCUGCAGGGGGAAGUAUCUGGACAGAGGGACUACGCUGGCACUCUGGGGAGAGGAGGACUGGAGAUGGGAAGCAACUUUGUGGUGGCAAGGCCAGACAGAGAAAGUGGAGGAGUAUCACUGACCGGGACUCCAUCUGUCUACCCAGAAGCACCUGGCUUUAUUGGGGACUGGCGCGAUCGAGUAGGUAUGGGAGGGUAUGUUUUGGGCAGGAGGGAUAUGACCCCUCAGCUUUUGCCCUUCCCCGGGCAGCCUCGGGCAACAUAUGGCAGUGUGAUGGGCUUUGGGGCCAACUGGGUUCCAGGAAUGGAGGCAGCCAGAGGGGGACCAGGGCACGGGGGUCCCUCCUUGGCACUGCGAGUGGGUGAGUUCCUACGUCUGCGCCUUGCCCAGGUCACCUUUGAUCCCUCACAGCCGCCAUACGACUCUGUGCAGGUGUAUGGGCUGGAGGGAACAGGGUCCAGGGCUGGAUCCCUCAGCUCACUGGAGAGCGAAGGGGAGAAGGAUUCAGAGAAGGAGGAUUGGGGGGCAGGGCUGGAAGAGUGGGGUCCCCAAUUCCAGAAAUUAGCCCAGCUCUUCAAAGACAGGGAGAAAGAGAGGGAAGAUAAGGAAAAGGUUGACGAGGGUGCCAAAAAAGAGAAAGAAAUGAAUGAGGAGCCUGAGAAGAAAGUGAAAAAAGAUGGAGUGCGGGCUGGAGAAGAGGGGAAAGAUUGAGGAAGGAUAUAAAUGAAACAAAUAGGGGCAAAAGGGGGUAAGAGAGAGGGGAGGAAAAGAAGGAUGAUGAAAAGGCAACUUGAGUUCGAAUAAUGUGAAGAGAAGUUAAAGGGGAGAAAGAUGAAGAGGCAAAGUAAUAAAAAGAGACAGAGAAAAAUGAGCCUAGGGAGGAUGGAGAAUGCGAGGGCAGGGGAGGGAGUGAUUGAUGUAAUUUAUAGCAAUAAGUGUUGAAACGCUGAUAUGGUUGAGCACAGAUACUGAGACAAUGCAGAGCCUGCUUCUGCUCGGGGCAGCAACAAUUUGUUAAACGCUUUGGACAGAGAAAAACAACUCAAACAUCCAAGACUCGAUUAAAUUCAGCUCUCACGUAUGGAAUGAGAAACAGCAGGAGGCGAGAAGGAAGACGUCUGGUGCGCCGAUCUGAUCCCAGUGUCUGCGUGUUUGUGUGCGAGAAAAGUCAGUGAAAAGUGCGUGAGAACACGUGCGCAACCGAGCGCGUGCCGUACGCGUGCAUAUUUAACAGAGAUGGAGCAAAAGAGAGUGGCAGGGGGAAAUCGAAAUACCCAGAGACAAUUUUCGAGAUGAGACUGAUGACUAAUGCUGCGUAAUGCCGCAACAUUAGCUUUCAGGACGACGAGGCAGGGAAAAACACUUAACAACGAAGUUUAGAAAGUAGGAUAAGACACAGGGGAGGGGGAGAAAGUGAUGUUUGACUAUAAAGGAAAUGGGCGGCAAGGAUGUAUAGAGAGAGAAAUGGUCUUGGAAGUGAGAUGAUUGUACAGAAACUGUUGCUUUUUAUUCCAUCUGCAGUGGCAGAAAAAGUGAAUUAUUCAGCUUGCUACUCCAUUCCAAAUGAAAAUGAUGAAUCAUUUAAAUCCUGCAAAAGAUUCUUCCUCCUCUCAGCCCACGAGGAAAAACAGACAUUGUGAAAAAUUUAAAUGGUUUAGGGAUAUGA